AAUGCGUCAACCACGGCAACAGCAGCCUCAGACGAGCUCCUCCGUAAUGAAUUAAUCUAAAAGUCCAAUCCAACCCGGCAAACUUCUCGUCCCCAUUACGUUGUUGCUCCACAGUUAAUUUUAAAAGUUUCAAAUUUUAGUUCUAUUACCAUUUCGGUAAACUAGUCAUACAAUUCCAUUACCAUUUAUAGAUCUCUCUGACCGCGAAUAGUAGUUAAACCCAAUGGUAUAGAGACACACACUUCAUAAAACUUCAGCUGGGAGGUCAACAUGCAUCGUCAACAUGACCCAAACUCUGCCGACCUUAUUAAUUGUGCCUUAAUUUCGCCAAAUAAUAAAUCAACCAGUGGUGGGAGAAGUUGUGGUGUGGCGAAAUUAAAGGAAAAGUUGGCCAGUAAUAACAACAACAACAACAAUUCUCCUCUCCAACUUCAAACCGUGGUGCAAGUGGAUUCGCCAGCAACAUCAUCAACCCACAGCCAGAAAAGUUACCAGUUCUGUCGAAUUUGCCACGAUGGGGAUGGAAACUAUUCAUCGGGUUCGCCCAACAGUACGAUAUCCAUGCGAGAGUCCUUGAUUGCGCCGUGUAAAUGUACUGGAACGGUGGCCCUCAUCCACUUGUCCUGCUUGGAACAUUGGCUCACAUCGUCCAACACGGACCGAUGCGAGAUUUGCCAGUAUGUUUACACCACUACUCGUGUUCCACGAACUUGCAACGAGUAUCUGCGAGAUCGAAGCAACCAAUUCAAUGUGCGAAACUUGAUCGCGGAUAUCGUCUGCUUUAUGCUGCUCACUCCAUUGCUAAUCGUCUCCACUUAUCUCUGUGUCCUGGGAGCCAAUCAAUAUUUCAUGCAGGAGCGUUGGGAGGCUGUGGGACUCAUCAUUUUAAGUCUUUUCCUUCUCGGAGUCUACUUCGCUUGGUGUCAUGUCACCAUAAAGUACCACUCCAGCGUGUGGCGAUCUUGGCAGAGGACCAAUCAGCAAGUCCGCGUGAAUAUCGACACCACUGGCAGUGGCAACCAAGGCGAAUCGCAAUGAUGAUAAUGGGGAGAGAAAAUGUCGGGCUUGGAUGCUAUUGGUUUCCUACAAUCUAAAAGUAGUUUUAAAAUUAUAGUGAAAAGGAAGGGAUUUAUUUUUUAAAAUUGUGUAGACUCGUAGAUAAAAUUAGUACACACUGUGAAAAACGUGUUUUAAAGUAUAUAUCAGUAGAUAGAAUAAACGGAAGAAAUAUGUGUCAAAGGUUUUACUGCAAUAUUAACAAAUAAAUUUGAUACAAUCGAUCGAGCAA